AUGGAGUCAUCAUCAAUCAAGCUAUUAUCUACAACUCAGGUCAUCUUAUCAUCCGGACCUGAUUGGAAGCUAUGGAUCAAUCAAAUCCGAACCCUUGCGGAAUGCCAUCAAAUCUGGGAAUAUAUCGAUCCGGAUUCCGAAAACAGGCCUACAAAGAAAGCGCCUACCGAGCCAACAAUCCAAAUGGUGAAAGAAAAUGCGCCAGCAGAUGCCAGCAUCACCAUCCUCAACGACGACGAAUACAAGACGUACGAACGAUUGACAAAACAAUACACUAUCAAUGAAAAAGCGCACAACAAGCACGCCACUGCCCUCUACGCGAUCCAGACAAAAAUCAACGAAUCCGUAGUCGUUGCACUACAAUACUACUACACCGGAAAACCCGUAUGCGAAUGGCUGCAAAUCCUUAGGAACGCUAUUGCCCCAUCAGAUCAAAAUCGGAAACUACGAGUCGCUGCGCAGUACAACAGGCUACUAUCACCACCAAGGAAUCAGAACAUCGACGUUUGGAUGGCUAGUUUCUUACUAGCUUACAACGCUGCCAAGGAAGAGAAACUACCUGAUGUCUCUGGAGACCGAGCAGUGCACAACUUCCUACACGUAGUAUCUACGUUGCAGCCCGAAUUCACAACCUACUGGAAACAGAAGGUCCAGAAUGCGUUGGCUAAGAAUAAACCA